AUGCCUCCAAAGCGCAAAUCAGGCGGUCCCUCGACCGCGCCGAAACCUCGACAGUCCAAGCUCGCCAAGGAGCACAACGUCUCUGCGCAGGAGGAGGCCGAGAUCAAGGAGGCCUUUAGUCUGUUUGCGGAGCCCAUGGAUGGGGAGAAGCUUGGCGUGCUGCCCAUCAACGACUUGAAGUCCGCGCUCAUAGCCCUCGGCAUCCCGCCGUCUUCCCCCGCGGAGCUGCAGGAAUUCAUCUCCAUCCUCGACCCCGAAUCCGACGGCUUCGCGACCUUUGAGCCCUUCUUCGCCAUCUGCGCGCUGAAAUUCCACGCGCGCGACCGCGACGGCUACGACGACCGCGACUCCGAGGCGCACCGGCGCGAGCUCGCCGAGGCGUUCCAGCUGUUUACCAACGGCGCCGAGGGCCCCAUUACGCUGGCGCACCUGCGGCGCGUGGCGGCGGUGCUCAAGGAGGACGUGGAUGAGGAGCUGCUCAAGGAUAUGAUUCUCGAGGCGAAUGGGGGCGCGGGCGUUGCGCGCGGGGUGGGGAUGGAGGAGUUUGACGGGGUGAUGAGGAGCGCUGGAGUUUGGCGGUGA